CAAAAAUUGCAUUAGAUUACUAUUUUGCUACAAAUAUUGCCAAUUUGACUUCCCACUAUUCUAUAUAUGACAAUUAAGAAUACAAUGGGAGUGCAUUUUUCAACGUGGGUAGUAAAGUGUUCUAAUGGUCUAUCUAUCAUUACCAUCACUAGUUUGUGCUUGGUUCUACCCCUGAAGGUGAUCGAGGCAAAUUUGUGGUGGAACUUCCUUGUUUUAUUUGUUCAUUAUUCGAAUUGUUAUAAAACCUAUCAUUGCCUAUGUUUAGUUGGGUUGAAAAGUGGAAAGAAAUUUGCAGUGGGAGUAAAAGUUAUACAUCAUCUUGUUCUGUUGCAAUAAAGAGAGGGUUUUGGUGGAUAAAAUGCAUAAAAAAUUGGCGGAAAGGAGGAUGUAAAACUCUAGGAUGGCUACCAACAGUAAUUAAAAUAUGAAAUUAGGAAAAUAAUAAUAUAACUCUAAAGUAGUGAAUUACAUUUCGAUACCAUAGAAAUGUUAACCAGAAGAUUUAGGAUGAAGUAUUCAAAACUGCAUAAAAGAGAUAUCGACUAGUUUGUUCUCUUCACACACAUUUGUUUCUUGUUGCGCUUCUACCCAUCAUUAUCCACAUUGAAAUCACUGUAGAAGGCUGUAAGGAUACUCCAAUAAAUUGCUGAGCUUCUACUAAUCUGUUUACACAAUUAAAUCGAUGUGGAAGGCUGUAAUAGUGGCAGAUUUAAUAUCAGAAAUGAAGGAAGACUGCUACAUAUGGUGAUGAACAUCGAUAUUUGGACCUGUCAAGUGCUUCUUGGAUGGGGCCUACUGGUGCAGAUGUAGAAAAGAGUAGUGUCACUGAGAAAGAUCUGGAACACCUGUUACAUCUUCUGGAUGGGAAAGAUGGUGAGUUGGUUUGGCAAAGUAUGAUGGAGCGCUCCACAUCAAACAUGACAUACCAAGCUUGGCGUCAUGAGCCGGAGGUGGGUCCAAUAAUGUACCGCAGCAAAACCAUUUUUGAGGAUGCAACUCCCGAGCUGGUCAGAGAUUUUUUCUGGGAUGAUGAGUUUCGGCCUAAAUGGGAUCCUAUGCUUGCUUACUUCAAAAUAUUAGAAGAAUGCCCUCAUACAGGAACCCUGGUAGUCCAGUGGAUUAAAAAGUUCCCUUUCUUCUGCAGUGAUCGAGAGUAUAUCAUUGGUAGAAGAAUAUGGGAAGCAGGAAGAAAUUAUUAUUGUGUGACUAAGGGGGUACCAUAUCCAACUUUGCCGAGGCGUGACAAACCUAGGCGUGUGGAUCUUUAUUUCUCGAGCUGGAUUAUAAAGCCUGUGCAAUCGCGUAAAGGAGAUGGCCAGUUAUCUGCAUGUGAGGUCACACUAAUUCACUACGAAGACAUGGGAAUUCCGAAGGAUGUUGCCAAGUUGGGUGUUAGACAUGGAAUGUGGGGAACUGUUAAAAAGUUGCAUGGUGGCUUCAGAGCAUAUCAAAAUGCUAGAAAAUCUGAGGCAUCAUUGUCCAGGUGUGCUUUGAUGGCAAGAAUCACUACAAAAUUUUCGUCCAUUGAAGGAAAUAAUCCUCUAGAGCCCGGAGCAGGCGAGGAAGAGAGAGAGGAAGUUGUGGUGACUGAGAGACAAGGGGAUUGUGGUGGAAUUGACUGGAGAUGGAUGGCUGUUGGUGGAGCGGUUGCCCUUGUUUGGGGACUCAAAAUAGGACUGGUAGGAAAAGCUCUGUUAUUUGGAGCAGGGCAAAGAGUUGCUCAGAGACGGGGUAAUUUUCGAUGAAGAUUUAUUCAAUACGGUGCAUCGAGUUCUAGAAACGAAGAUAUAUCCUUAUUUAUGAUGCUUGAAUUUGUCGAGUUGUAUCCCUUGUGUGUGUUCAGUGCUAUAUUUGCCUGGCUUCUGAGUUUUGUUGAAUGUCAAAUGUUCUUGAACUGUAGCUUAAAUUCUUUACUCAUUCCAUAAGGGAGUUGCCACGAUGAACUCGUAAGCUAUAGAAGAGCGUUCACUAUAUGAGAUUUGUUUUGUUUACUGUAAACGAGUUUUCCAGUACUCACUCUCCUAUUGUUUUGUUACUGUAAACGAGUUUUCUGGUUGUCCAGUCAUUAAUAAUUUUAAAUUUUAAAUUAUUAUA